AAAAUAAUCUUACAUCCUCCACCAUGCCGCUUCACACACAUGCACAAUGCUUUUGUCAUUCAUCAAAAAGAAAACAAAGUGAUGUGAAGUAAAAGUUGUGUCCUUGUGAAUCUUUGUGGUUUAUAUGAAACUGUUUUCAACAGUGAAGUGCAGCAUCAGUCCUCACAAGGUUUAAAUACAGCAGCAGUCUGCUAAAGCCGCUGGAUGAUGCUGAUAAGGGGUUUGAUGCUGAAAGCACUUUAGAUCCCACUUUGGGUCCUGAUGAGAACCUUUCUUAAGUCCUGUACCUGCUGAAACCGGCUUUCCUGGCAACAUGAAUGUCCUUCAGAUAGCUCAGAGGUAGUGGAGCUGCCAACAGGUCCUUUGCUAUGAGAAGAGCAGAUGUCAUCAAACUCAGCUUUAUCUUCUUCCUCAUCUUCAUCUUAUGCCUUCUAGAGUUUUUACCACAAGAAACACAAGUUCAGUUUCUCUGUGAAACUGUCGACCCUUGUACACCGAAAAAUGGUUCAGGUGAUGUACUCGUAUGUGGACAGGCUAAUCUUCCAUGUCCAACGGAAAUAAUAAAUGGCAGCAGUCAGGAUGAACCUACAGACUGGUAUGUGUGCAAGAGAGAAAUGGAUAGUGAAGUUCUUCAUGAUAAUACCUCAGUAUCAGGAGAACACGUAAUGGUGGUACAUACACUAAAAGGAUACAAUCUGUCAGAAUGGAACGUUAGUGUGUUUACGUUUCUAAACCACACCGACCUGUACACUGGACCCCAGGAUUACCAAAGACAUUUUUACUGCCUCCUUCCACCAAACAAAAGCAAAUGUCCAGAUAUCACAGAAGAACCCCCAAAAGAAAACUUCAAUCGACCAAUCACUUUCCAGUUAACAACCACCGCUUCUCCAAAACCAGUCACCUCUUCAUUAAAAAAAACUAUACUAUCUUCAAAAGAAAUGAGUUACACACAAAAGCUAAACUGCCAGCCCGGCAGCAAUCAUUUUAUUCACUACCAGGAAAACAGCUCAUUUCCAAGGAUGCAGACAAAAAAAGGAUUAGAAAGCUGGUGGUGUGUGACCACUGCAGUGUGGUUCUUUCUGGUACUGAUUCUGCUCAUCGUGGCCUUAACAAGUGUGAGCGACCGGAUCUCCAAGAGCAGACGUAUUCACAAAAAAAAGUCUAAUUUGGUGGUGGUUUCACCCAGAGACUAUCAGCUCACAGAGAUCAACGAGCACAGAGGAAAUUCGAGGAACAGCGCGUCUGAUGUGUUUGUUACAGUAUGCAGUGGUGAAAACGGAAACCCACGCAAAGUGAACGUCCCUUUUAAAAGGCCAUUGUCACCUAUCAAUGAGAUUACAGAGAACUCACUAGAUGAAGACCAUGAAGAAGAGGAGGAACAGAGAAGCUUAGUAACAAAGCAAGCUCACCUGCAUCAUCGUAGCAAUCCGUCUCGCUCCUGUCAUGGAACAGAUGGAGAGCUUUAACCCUUCAACACAGAAGAGACACUUCAUAAUAAAAGAAAAUCUAUGUUUAUUACUGAAUGUGGCCAUUUGAAUUUGCUAAUGUAAUGCAAAAUCAUGCACAACAUGAUGUUGAUUUACAAGGGCACCAUAGUGCUACUCACAACUAAACAAUAUUAGUCGUGGAUAAUAAAUAAGUCUGGAUAAUUGGAAUUAUUUAGACUUUAAGCUGCAUAAAACACCUUUCAGAUCAAAUAAAAGGCACAUUCUGCAACAUAAAAACAUCUGGCAAAGGACAUUUUAUGAUAACUGAGUUUCACCGAUAACUGUUUAAAGCUUCAUUUAGUGGCUAAUUUUGAAAUCCAUCUAAAAAACGGUGGUGUGUGUAUCUCUUUGAAACCCAUUUAACAAGCAGUAUGGCCACAGUAAUGUGACUCCCUAAUUAUACGACACCAUUCUAAAGCUUGUGGGUGAAAUUUAUGUUGUCAUAAAGCACUUUUCACCUUCAAAAACAAUAUACUGCCAGACUGCUUACCAGUUAGACAUGAAAUCACGGCGUGUCAAACAACAAAGAUGUAGGCGGAGAUGGUUGCUGUCAAAUGAAAAGAUUUAAUGUCUUAAUAGCUCAGAAGAAUACAGUCUGGAUACAUUUUAAAAAUCACUUGGUUUAGUUUGAUAUAGUCUCUACUUUCUCUGUUUUAUUUAAUUUAGAAAAGCUCAAGGCCAUUUAUACUACCAACAUUUAAAUUGUAUUCUUUAUUUUUAAUGCUGUAUUUGCUAUCCAGUGUUAAGCAGGUAAUUUAUACUUUUAGUUGCUAUUCUGAUCUAUACAGUUCUACUAAGAAGUAAACUAAAAUGUAAACUU